AUGAUAUUGUCACAUGAAGCAUUAAAUCGUGAACGUGAUUGGUUUGAAUCAUCUCAAUCAUUAUUAUAUAGUGGUGUGAGUGAUUAUGAAAAUACAGAAAAAGCAGUACGUGAAUCUCUUUUCACAUUAAUUCGUGAAACAUUUUUAAUUGGAAUUUGUUGGUUAACACAAAUGUAUACAUUUCUUAGUGAUCAUUUUGCCAAUCAUGUUAAAUCGGCUUUACUCAAUACGAAAUUUUCUCAUUUGGAAGAACAUAUCAAAUUUUUAAGUUUAGUCGACCUUGAAUAUCAUACAGUUACACGUAAAUUCAUUCGUAAUGCUGUCACAGCUAUUAAACACGCACGAUAUGGUAAAAUGGCUUAUGCUGUUCAUAAUAUAUGUGGUACUUUGAAAAAUCUUGUCAGUUCAUUUUCACAUAUGGAUAUGAUUAUUCAAAAUAACAAUGAAAAUGAAAAUAACGAUAGUGAUGGGUUCGGAAACACAAUGAUUAAAGUUGCUCAAGAUGUUAUACCAAAAAUAGCAAGUGGUGUCAAUCCUGUUACAGCUAUUGCAGCUUCAGCUAUUACUGCUGCUACAGGUCAUAAAAAUCCACUUAAUUUAAUUUAUGCAACAGGAAAAUUUCUUACAAAUGAUCGAAAUCCACAAACAGUUAACUAUUUACCACAAACACGUGACACAGUUAGUGAAUUAUAUACGGCUGUACGUGGUCAACUUCUUCAUGAUAUUACGACAAAUUUUUUUGCUAAUCUUGUUCUUGAAAUUCAACAAUAUAAAUCGAUAUCAAUUGAAAAUUCUCUACAAAAUCGUCUAAAUCGUAUGUCAGAUAAAGAUAUUGCUCAUAUGGCUAAUAUUGAAAUUGAAAGUAGUCGUCAAAAAGUUAUUAAUAAUCAUGAAAAUAUCAUACGACUUGAACAAGCACGUGAUGCUAUUGAAGAUGCUAUUGUACUUAUUAACAAUAAAAAUAUAGAUAGCAAUACAUUUGAAAUGAAUGAUGACAGUGAUAAUGUUAAAAAACGAAUUCGUGCAACACAUGAACAUACACGUAGUAAACGCUUACGUGAUAUUGAGAAAAAAUUAAAAACACGUCAACGUUAUAAGAAAAACCGAAAACAAACAAAUACAAAUCGAUCUGUUAAUCAACAUUCAUCACUUAAUGUUAUUGAUGAUGAUAAAGAUAUUUCGAUUAAUUUAAAUUCAGAUGAAGAUAAUAAUGAUGAUGAAACGAGUGAAAAUGAAGAUGAACAUGAACUUAUGAGAUAUGAUGAUAAAACAUCAAGUGAAACAUAUCUACUUGGUAUAUUUCGAAAACAUGAUCAGGAAGACCUCGAACUCGGCUUUCUUACUGGUGAUUCACUCAAAGCUGAUGUCAAAUUUGUCGAACAACGACGAUCACAACAAGAACAACAACAACAACAACAGUCUACGUUAAUCACCACUAUAGCAUCAAAAGUACCGAUAAUUGAAAAUGUUUUGGAACAAAUAUCAUCCUUUCCUAUAAGUACGAAUACUAUAUUUUCACAACGUGAAGAUAGUUCGUCUAACAUCAUAUCCGACGAUGAAGAAGAUCGAAAUUCCGUGGUUGAAGUUCCUGUUAGUAAAAAAGGUUGGUUUCUUUUACUGAAAUUCUAG